AAGAGCCAGGUGUUGGGACCUGCAGGGCCGAUGAUCUGACACGACGUCGACGCUGACCAACAAGGCUCACUCAAACCCUUCUGCAGAUGCUGAAGGAGCCUGUGCCUCAUGCUUAUCUGAAAAUGAUGGGCCAGUUUUUACGAGCAUGGCAAGGAGCGCCUGCGUUUGACAGUGAUUUAUCUCGCCGAUACAGAGCAUCGAGUGAUGAGCUCUACUAUACGAAGUAGAAUUUUGGGCGAUUGUCUAACGUGGCAGAUGUUUUGUUGCAUGCAAGUUGAGCAGUGCUGUCGGUGCCGGCCGCCCGAUAUCGUCAGACGAGACCCGCUGUCAGCGCCUCACCUAGGUGAAGGCUCUCAAUUGAGUCAUGGCUUCAUAGGAGAGAGAGAGAGGUGAUUGGCUGCUUGACCUGCUGGAACUAUGGACUACUACUACUACUACGUACUACACGAUUUGUUCAGGAUCCGAGUGAGCUGCAUCUCACAGGGAUCGAUGAAGCCCCUCCCCAACCAAGGCUUCGUCUCGAAUGCAAGUGGUUGCAACUGCCGCCAUCUCCGACGCCCGACCGACCGGAUUCUGUGUCCGCACCACAAUCCAUAUGAUACCCAGUAUGGCGCAGGAACCCAACUCAACCACUUCCGGAACGACGAUACGCAGAGCCCGUAGCGACGACGUGCCCGGCAUUGAGCACAUGGUCACUGCCGCGUACACAAAAUACAUUGCCCGCAUCGGCAAGCCACCGGCGCCCAUGCUCGCCGACUACACCCAGCUCCUACUCACGCACGAUGUCUUCGUCCUCAUGGCCGACUACGACAGGACGGUGGUCGGCUCGAUCGUCCUGGAUGCGAGCGAGGGCCGGGACUCGGUCCAGAUCAACAACCUGGUCGUCGAUCCCGCCGCACAAGGGAGAGGAUACGGCAAGACGCUGAUGCGCUGCGCCGAGGAUUUCGCGCGGGCGAGCAACCGCACGGCGCUGGAGCUGUUUACGAAUGUCAAGAUGCACGAGAACUUUGCGCUGUACGCCAAGAUGGGAUUCGAUGAAGUGGAUAGAAGGACAGAGGAUGGGUAUGAGCGCGCGUACUUUCGCAAGGGGCUGCUGGCAUAG